UCCUAUAAUACUGCAGAGGGAGCUGGACAGAUCAUUAAGGGGAAAAGGAUGCUUGACACAAGGGACUAAGGCCUGCUCUGCAUUUAGGCCUCCUCCAGCCAAUGCUGCUGAAGGAUCUCUGACCUGUUGACCAGCCAGAGCCCCACCAGGGGAGGACCUCCUCCUGAUUUGAGUUGCUGAUCUCAGCUCUAGGCCAUUGAGAAAUCAAGAUCUCACAGCCAACAUGGAUCCUGACAGUGAUCAGCCCCUGAACAGCCUUGAUGUCACCCCUCUACGCAAACCUCGCCCUUCUUUGGAGACCUUCAAAAAAGUGGGGAUCCCCAUCAUCGCAUCACUGCUGAGCCUGGCAAUCAUUGUCAUCGUGGCUGUCCUCAUCAAGGUGAUCCUGGAUAAGUACUACUUCCUCUGUGGGCAGCCCCCACACUUCAUCCCCAAGAGACAGGUGUGUGAUGGCCAGCAGGACUGUGCCUCAGGAGAAGAUGAGCAGUACUGCGUCAAGAACUUUCCUGACAACGGGCCUCCAGUGGCAGUCCGACUCUCCAGAGACCGAUCCACCCUUCAGGUGCUGGACCCAGCCACAAGGAACUGGGCCUCUGUCUGUUUCAACAACUUCACAGAAGCUCUGGCCCAGACAGCCUGUGGGCAGAUGGGCUUUGACAGUGGCAAACCCACCUUCAGAGCUGUAAAGAUUGGCCCAGUCCAAGAUCUACAUGUUGUUGAAAUCACAGCAAACAACCAGGACCUUCAGGUGCAAAAUUCAAGUGGAUCCUGUAUCUCAGGCUCCCUGGUUUCCCUGCAGUGCCUUGACUGUGGGAAGAGCCUGAAGGCCCCUCGGGUGGUGGGCGGGGAGAAGGCCUCUGUGGAUUCGUGGCCUUGGCAGGUCAGUAUCCAGUACAACAAACAACACAUCUGUGGAGGGAGCAUCCUGGACCGACAAUGGAUCCUCACAGCAGCCCACUGCUUCAGGAAGCAUCUUGUUGUGUCCAACUGGAAGGUGAGGCCUGGCUCAGACAAAAUGGGAAACUUCCCAUCCCUGCCUGUGGCCAAGAUCUUUGUCACUGAGCUCAAUACCACAUACCCCAGAGAGAAAGACAUUGCACUUGUGAAGCUGCAGUACCCACUCACAUUCUCAGACACAGUCAGACCCAUCUGCCUGCCCUUCUCUGAUGAGGAGCUCACUCCAGCCACCCCACUUUGGGUCAUCGGAUGGGGCUUUACAGAGCCAGGUGGAGGGAAGAUAUCUGACAUACUGCUGCAGGCGUCAGUCCAGGUCAUUGACAGGACACGAUGCAAUGCAGAAGAUGCAUACCAGGGGGAAGUUACCAAGGAGAUGCUGUGUGCUGGCAUCCUGGAGGGUGGCGUGGACACCUGCCAGGGUGACAGCGGUGGGCCCCUGAUGUAUUACUCUGACCUGUGGCAAGUUGUGGGCAUUGUGAGCUGGGGCCAUGGCUGUGGGGGCCCAAGCACCCCGGGAGUAUACACCAAAGUCACAGCCUAUCUCAACUGGGUCUACAGUGUCCGGAAGUCUGAAUCAUGAUGCUGCUGCACCUCUGCAGUGCUGGAAACUGCUUCCUCCCUGUCGUGCCCGCCUGGGGAUCGCCCAGAAGCCAAACACAGAGCAAGAGUCCCCUUGGGCACAUCUCUCCACCCACAGCCUCAGCAUUUCUAGGUGCAACGAAAGGCCUCCAUCCCUGUAAGAGACCCCAUUGCCCACACACACUCAAGAUGAAGUUAGGAGCUGCAGUACUGCCAACCUCCAGUGCUCCCAAUAUCCCAAGGAGAGAGACACAGCCCACUGAACAGGCCAGCCUCUGAGCCAGUCUCAGAAGGCAUUGCUGAGCUCAGAAGGAACAUCCCCACUCCACUAAAUAGAAGUAGACUCCCUGGUGAGAGCCCAGAUCACCAAAAGCUGGAAUGGAGGAAGGAAAGGGCCUGAGUCAGCUUUCUCUGGGCAAGAAACCAGUUGUAAUGUAAAAUGCACUGUCCUACUGUUGGCACAGCUACCCAUAUUUACUGUUGUUAUUGUUACUUAUAUGGCCACUUUUAUUAAACAGGUGUAUCAAGUC